UUGGUUUGUUAACCCGGUUUCUCUUCUCAAAUCAAUUUCUUGGAUAUAAAAUAAUUCACAUAUUCACCUGGUUAAUUUCAUUAUAUCUAUGAUCGCACACACAUUUAUAUAUUGAACACUUGAAAUUUGUUAUUUUAAGCCAAUUCUCCGAUGAAUUCGACGACUCCUGAAUUACUGAAUGAGUGGAUUGAGGUUCAAAGUAAGUUGAAGAGAAAGUUGGUGACUGAAGAUGAUUUUACAUGGAAAUUGGCCUCGAAAAUGAGAGGGGGAGAUGAAGGGGAAAGUUGUGAAGUGUUGAAGUAUGUAGGUGGUGUUGAUUUGAGCUUCUCGAAAGAGGAGCAGUCUGUUGCCUGUGCUACUCUUGUUGUGUUGGACCUUAAAAGUCUCGAAAUUGUUUAUCAGGAUUCUUUGGUUGUUAGGCUCAGUGUUCCGUAUGUUCCUGGAUUUCUUGCGUUUAGAGAGGCUCCUGUCCUCUUAGAGCUUUUGGAUAAGAUGAAAGCUUGUUCUCAUCCUUUUUAUCCCCAGUUGUUGAUGGUUGAUGGCAAUGGAAUUCUCCAUCCUCAAGGAUUCGGGUUGGCUUGUCAUCUUGGUGUCUUAGCCAAUAUUCCAACUAUUGGGAUAGGAAAGUCGUUGCAUCAUGUGGAUGGUCUUUCCAAAUCUAUGGUGAGAGAGCUUUUUGAGAUGGAUGGAAACUCAAGUCAAGAUAUAAUUCCUUUAGUCGGAGACUCCGGGCAAACACUUGGAGCAGCGUUGCUAUCGACCAGGGGAUCCUCUAAACCUAUAUAUGUCUCAAUUGGUCAUCGUAUAUCUCUUGCUGUUGCCAUUGAUAUCGUGAAACUCAGCUGCAAAUACCGUGUUCCUGAGACCAUCCGACAGGCCGAUAUAAAAUCAAGACAGCAUCUUCAUAGUUGCAGAUCUAUUCAUUAACACAACGUUACUGCAGACACAUUGUAGGUUAUUACCCUUAAUUUAUUAGAAGAUGUGUAUGUUCAUAAGCUAGUUCUGUAAUAGUUGUGAAUCAAAGUGUCACAGUUUUCUGCCUACUUUCUAGGAGGAUCAAUUGUAUCAAUGAUGAUGUAAUAUUAAUUUACAGAUUAUAAGCUUUCGUCAAUUGUGAAUAAACACUCUAA